AUGAGUCAUUCGAAAUCAGCAUUGCAUGUACCUGCUAGUGAACCUUUUUCCACGAGCACACAUAAGACGAUACCAUUCCAUGAAAAGAGUAAUGAUCUUGUCAAGGCUGAAGCUGUUGCGGCCCUGUUUCUACCUGCUCAUUGGGCAAUUUCGAAUUCAGAUCAUUUGAAUGAAAUUCGAAAUUUAGGAGACGAAAACGCUUGGAACGGCUGCUCAAUCCGUGGUUCAGUCAGGCGUCCGUUCGCUUUGAUUGGAGGGACACCCGUUUCGUUCGUAGUGUAUGGAGUCUGUAAUGGGCGGGUGAGAGCGUUGAAGGAAAGCAACGGGCGUCCGCAGCUCUUUGGCGUCCCGCCGAAGGGCCGCGGCGGCGGGUCACGCGUGUUGGGGCUGAGAGGCGCGGGCGACACUUGCAGGUGGAGCGCGCCGCGCCUUUCUUCGUCCACCUGCGCCCACAAAGGCCGCGGUGCCGCCGCCGGCCUCAAACGUGCGCCGCCCCGCGCCGCGCUGCCCAACGCGUCUCGUGUGCCGCCCCGCGCACUCGCGAGUCAAACGUUCCGCCCUCUUUUCUCCCCGGCUCGUCUCGCACUUCCACCCCUAAUGGUAUUUUUUAUACGCACAGAGUCGCGAUGCCCAGAGAUGCUCCGCGAGCAGUGUAUGACCCACCGCAUGCAAUUGCUUGUACCGGUGCGGUGGGCGGCGGGCGGCGGGGGCGCGUGGACAGCGGGUGUGGCGGGGCCGUGGGGCAGUGGCGGCGGCGGGGGGGCGGAGGCCGCUGACGCUCCGUCACGCCUCCGCCGCCUCGCGUGCGAAGCCCAGCGGCCAAACCAACAAAAACACCGGCAAUCAAUUACACACCGACAUACGAGCCGGGGCUCCGAUGAAGUCGGCGAGCGAACAGCUCUAGUCGGCCAGCGCCUGUCAAAUUUAGCUGACGUGCCAAACCAGUCGCUUUCCGGUAGUGUAAAGUAUUGUGGAGGUUACGCACGUGUUGAUGUGAGCUCGGGAGCGCAAAAGGUGCUGUUCCAAAGGCAAGAGACGAGACUCACCCGCAGCUGCAACAGGCAACAGGGACAUCGUCCAUGCACAUUUAGCAUGCAGCGCGAGUGGCCGGAAAGCACGCGAAGCGGUGGAAUGCCAGGCCACAACCCUCUGCAAGGGGCAGGACACGCACGCCUCCGGCGCUGCCCUGCCGUAGGAAGCUGCGCGGAAAAACCUGCCAAACGCCACCAGCGCUCCCGCACCUCGGCGUUCGCGUCCCUUCGCCCAAAAGAAGGCGAUGCCGCUUGGACAGAUCAGUGGUCACGUGAGGAAGGCGCGGGGCCGAGGAUAGCGGACCGCCGACUUGGAAAAGCUACAGGGGCACCGCGUCAUUUAAAAACAUUCCACUUCCGAAGCAACCGAUUUGUGGAAUCCUGGAUUCCCUGGCCCUUGCAGAACGGCAGAAGCAGAGACGGGGGCGGCGGUGGUAGCAAGGGCGAAGGCAAUUUCUUGCCAAAUUCUAUGAGUAUACAUAGAUCAGUCCUUUUAAUGCACUUUAAAUAUGUUGUCAAUGCUUACAUUCCAAUUCACCUAAAAAUAAACUACAUACAAAUUUGGGUAAGGAAAUCUUUUGAAGGCACCUCUAGAAACAAUCGGAAAAUCAAUUCUACUCGCAUUCCAGUUCAUGAAGACUCAAUGAACACCUCAGAUCGUGGAGAGUGGAACUAUAAAAUUCCAUAUUUGCCAACCAGCUACUUCAAGGCCAAGGAAAAAACCAAGAAAGGUGACACCUUCGUUUUGGGGCAACAUUAA